AUGCUGGAACGGAUCGGGCGUCAAUUGAUGGCGGGUCGGGGUCGAUUGCGAGGCUUGGCGGAGCGAGUCUUCGUCAACAACCAAAUUGACUUGUCGCGAAUUUCCACCUUUGGCUUCGACUACGAUUACACCCUUGCGGAGUACAAAGUUCCAACGCAAAAGUUCAUCUUCGACACCGCUAGAAAUCGCCUAGUGAGCAAGUAUGGCUUUCCGCCGAACAUUAUGAAGUUGGAUUUCAAUCCCGAUUUCAUCAUCAGAGGACUGUUCUAUGAUCCGAAGAGGUGUGUGAUGAUGAAGCUUGAUUCUUAUUCCGUCAUUGACGACAAGGCUGCUUUUCGCGGACUAAAAGCAUUAACAGAGAGUGAGCUCGACGAACUGUACUCAACAAGACGAAUGGGAAUACACCGAGUAGAUCCGAACUUUGUCAAACGCGGACGUCAAUUUUAUCAAGUUCUGGACGAGUUUUCUAUUCCCGAAGGAUAUCUUUUUUCAAGCGUAUAUCAAUUUUUCGAAGAUAAUAAUCUGCGCUUCGACCCGAUUCUAAUGUUCAACGCGAUCCGACAAGCCAUCGCUGAUGUUCACAUUUCAAGAACUCUUUACCACGAGGUUAUCAACAAUUUAGACGAGCAUCUGGAAAAGAACUCGAUGCUGAACGUCAUUAGUCACUUAUCUUCAUCAAAGAAGCUUUUCGUCAUUUCGAACUCGCCAUUCUGGUUCAUUGACGCUGGAAUGAAGCAUCUUGUGGGAAAGGAUUGGCGUGACGCCUUCGAAAUCGUCAUUACUGAAGCAAAGAAGCCGUCGUUCUUCCUUGAGGAUCGACCGUUUUUGGAAAUGCAAGAUGGCUGCAGAAAUGGGAGAGCUUCGUUUGAGAAGAAAUCGAACUGGCUAGCUGCGAAUAAGCUUGAAAAGGGAAAAAUCUAUUAUGAAGGCUCGCUUGCUGAAUUUGGUCGACUGACGAACUGGGAUCAGAAGUCUGUGCUUUAUUUUGGUGACCAAGUAAAUGCGGACUUAGCCGAGCCAAGUCUUCGAUUUGGCUGGAGAACUGCAGCAAUUAUUCCAGAGCUCGAAAAAGAAAUCGCUGUUUUCGAGGGUUCCAAGUUCAAGCUCCUGGUUCAUCGACUCAAUGAGCUAGAAUUCGAGUAUCACAAAGUUGCUGACCGAGAUUCUUACUGCGGAAGCGCCGCUCAAAAACUUCUCAAAGAAAGAAGAGACAUCAAAGAUGAUUUGAAAAAAGCUUUUGCUUCACCAUUUGGCUCGAUCUUCCGCUCAGAUCUUUCAAGAACCCACUACGCCCGUCAAGUCGAGCGAUACGCCGAGUUGUACACUUCUUCAAUCCGAAAUCUGGACCAAGUAAAUCUUGACAGAACCUUCUUUCCUCCUCGACUGACGCUCGGCUACGAUCACAGACUCAACUCCUUGUGGAUGCUUCCUGACGAAGAACUUUAG